AUGGAGGAUCCACCGGUCAAUCCAGGAGAAGGUCCAGCCAACCUGGACUGGACUGUGGAGAAUGUGGAGUCGGCUCUCUACCAGCUCUACUUUGAUCCAGACAUGGAACGUAAAACUAUGGCCCAAAAGUGGCUGACCCUGGCCCAGGCAUCUGCACAGGCAUGGCACUUCUGCUGGGCCCUGCUUGCUCCCAACAAGAUCCCAGAAGUUCAGUUUUUCGGAGCCAGUACUCUCCACACUAAGAUUUCCCGUCACUGGGACGACCUCCCCUCUGAGCAGCACGAGAGCCUCCAGUCCCAACUCAUGUCCCACAUCCUGCAGUUCUCUUCAGGUCCUAAAAUGGUCCUGACGCGACUUUGCGUGGCUUUGGCCUCUUUGACUCUAAACUUGAUUCCUCAUUCUUGGCCUCAUCCGGUGGCAGACAUGGUGAGGGCUUUUGAGCCACAGAAACCAGCCUGUGAAAUUGGCACAGAUGUCAGCCCUCAGGCGCACUGCUUGGCUUUGUUGGAGAUCUUUACGGUUCUUCCGGAGGAGUUUCAGAGCUCUAGGCUGACCCAGACACGCCGGGUCCAGCUCCGAGAGGCCCUCAUUAGGGAGUGGUCAGGUGUUAGUCCCAUGUUGAGACAGCUGCUCCAGAGCCAGGACUCUUCCGACCAGGCAAAGGAGAAGGUGCUGCGGUGUUUGUCCAGCUGGGUAGGACUGGACGUACCUCUUGGACAGACUUAUGAGCUGGUUCAGGACUGUUUUGGGGAACUGUCAAAUCCACAGAUUUUUGAUACAGCCGUGGAGACUAUUGUUACAGCCAUCUCACAACCAGACUGUCAAAGAUAUACCGAGGCUCUUUUGAACCUGCUGCCGUGGGUCCUGGGGCUUCACGAGCAGCUGAAGAAGUCUGCUCAGGACGGCGACAUGGAGACUUCACAUGGGAUCUGUCGUAUUGCUGUGGCAAUGGGAGAGACUCAUUCUAGAGUCUUGUUGGAGCAGGUGGACCGCUGGCAAGAAUACCUGUCCUUAGUGAACAUGAUCCUGUUCUGCACAGGGAUGCCCGGACACUACCCUGUCAGCGAGACCACCAGCUCGCUCACACUCACCUUCUGGUACACCCUGCAGGAUGACAUUUUAUCAUUUGAAGAGGGAAAGCAGACAGCGUAUUUGCAGGUUUAUCGCCCAGUUUACUUCCAGCUCGUAGAUGUGCUGCUGCUUAAAUCUCAUUAUCCUGGCCAAGAGGAGUAUGACUCCUGGUCAUCUGAUGACCAAGAACAGUUCAGGAUUUACAGGGUGGACAUUUCUGACACCCUGAUGUAUGUGUAUGAAAUGUUGGGAGCUGAACUUCUCAGUAACCUCUAUGACCGACUCGGGAGGCAACUUGUGGAUCCUCAACAAUCUGCUGCAUGGCAGGAGACAGAAGCUUUGUUGUUUGGCUUCCAGUCCAUUGCUGAGACAAUCGAUGUAAACUAUUCUGAUGUUAUUCCUGGUUUAAUUGGUUUAAUUCCCAGUAUCAACAUAAGCAACGUGAUGCUGGCUGACACGGUUAUGUACACAAUAGGAUCUUUGGCCGAGUGGCUGGCAGACCACCCUGUGAUGUUGAGUGGUGUUUUACCCAUGGUGCUUCAGGGCCUGGUGAAGCCUGAGCUGAGUGUGUCUAGUGUGUCCACACUGAAAAGGAUCUGCAGAGAGUGCAGACAUGACCUGGCGCCCUUCUCUCGGAACAUCCUGACUGUGUCCCAGGAUGUGCUGCUGAAGGAUAUCCAUAAGAGCAGCCAGUGCAUGUGGCUCAUGCAGGCUCUGGGAUUCCUUCUGUCUGGGUUGCCUGAAGACGAGAUCUUGGGCCACCUCAGGUCACUCGUUGCUCCAAAUAUCCAGCAACUCCAGCAACUAACACAGCAGGAGCCCAAUUCUAAAAUGAAAGAAGCCAUCAUUCACAUUUUUGGCAUGCUCGCCAACCUCUUCACCACUCUGGAUGUCAACCAAGACCUUGAAGCUUUAGAAGGAGAAACCAGCGCAGAAACAUCCACAACAAACCCAGUGGUGGUAUUGCUGCAGCAAAUGUUUGAAUUAAUCCAGAGCAUCUUGAGCAAGUGGUUGGAUGACUCAGACGUUGUGGAGGCAGUGUGUGGGGUGUUCGAUAAGGCCAUGAGGACCCUCCUACACGACUUUGGACCAAUGGUUGCUCAGCUGAGUGAAAUGCUCGUGCACAUCUACAGCGCUUACCCACAAGCCUCUGCUCUAGACCUCGCUCGCCAGAUGGUUCAUAUAUUUGCUGGAGAGGAGCAUUACCUUUCAAAUAUCAAGUAUCUAGUGGAUGCUUUAUCCUCGGCGACACUUGUAUUAUUUCAAAAAGGACCGAGAGAUCAUCCCGAUAUUGCCGAAUCGUUUAUGUGCCUCCAUGCACAAAUACUUAAAAGAAAGCCAGAGUUGUAUCUUUCAGAACAGAUGGACCUAAAAGCUCUGUUUUACUGUGGUAUAAUGUCGCUUAAAUUUCCAGAAAACCAAACCGUUAAAGCUUCCAGCCACUUCUUUACUGAACUCUUGAAUCGCUACAAGGACAUGCCACAGCUUCCGGAAUUGUUGGAAAUUGAUGGGAAGAUAUUGACAGAAACAAUACUGGAGAGUGUAGGUGGAGUGGCCCCUCGCAGUCUAACAGAACAUUUUGCAGAGGUCCUACUGAGUCUGAACAGACAGUGCCCUGCUCUGUUGUCCCAGUGGCUUGGAGACUCGCUGCAGGUGGCGGGCUUCCCCUCCUCCCAUGUCUCCUUGGAGCAGAAACACCGGUUCACACAGCAGCUUCUGGGGUAA